AUGUCUUCAGAAGACAAAGAGGCUCAGGAGGAUGAGCUGCUGGCGCUGGCCAGUAUCUAUGAUGAAGAUGAGUUUAAGAGAGCUGAGUCUGUCCAAGGGGGAGAAACAAGAAUUUGUCUGGAGUUGCCCCAAAACUUCAAAAUAUUUGUGAGUGGGAGCUCCGCCGGCAGCCUCCGGACGGGCGGCUUCGAGUACAGCGUCUGCUUCUUGCCGCCCCUCGUGCUGAACUUCGAGCUGCCUCCAGACUACCCCUCCACCUCCCCACCCGCCUUCACCCUCAGCGGGAAAUGGCUCUCCCAGGCCCAGCUCAGUGCCCUUUGCAAACACUUGGACAACGUCUGGGAGGAGAAUCGAGGCUGUGUGGUCUUGUUUGCCUGGAUGCAGUUUCUGAAGGAAGAAACACUGAGUUACCUCAAUAUUUCCUCCCCAUAUGAGCUGAAAAUGUGCCCCCAGGGGAGCGGGCAGAGCAGGACACCUUUGGUCCCCCUCAGUGCUGAGGACUGUGGCGGUGCAGCGGGCUCUGCUGCGGCGGAGGAAGAAGUCAUGGAUGCGAGAGCCGUGCAGGAUGUGGAAUCACUGUCGAGUCUGAUUAGGGAGAUCUUGGACUUUGACCAGGCGCAGAGGAGGAAGUGCUUUAACAGCAAGAUGUACUUGUGCAAUAUCUGCUUCUGCGAGAAGCUGGGCAGUGAGUGCAUGCACUUCACGGAGUGCAGCCACGUCUACUGCAAAGCGUGCCUCAAGGACUACUUUGAAAUCCAGAUCAGGGACGGGCAGGUCCACUGCCUCAACUGCCCAGAACCCAAGUGUUCCUCUGUAGCCACACCGGGCCAGGUGAAGGAGCUGGUUGGAGAGCAGCUCUUUGCGCGCUACGACCGCCUGCUCCUGCAGUCGAGCUUGGACCUGAUGGCAGACGUGGUGUACUGCCCUCGCCCGUGCUGCCAGACCCCCGUCAUGCAGGAGCCGGGCUGCACCAUGGCCAUAUGCUCCCAGUGCAACUAUGCCUUUUGCACCCUCUGCAAAAUGACCUACCAUGGGGUCUCCCCCUGUAAAGUCACUGCAGAGAAAUUAAUGGCUUUGCGAAAUGAAUAUUUAGAAGCAGAUGAAGCAACUAAAAGGUUUUUGGAACAACGCUAUGGCAAACGGGUGAUUCAGAAAGCUCUUGAGGAGAUAGAGAGUAAAGAAUGGCUAGAAAAGAACUCGAAGGCUUGUCCCUGCUGCGGUACUCACAUAGAGAAACUCGAUGGGUGUAACAAGAUGACGUGCACGGGCUGCAUGCAGUACUUCUGCUGGCUCUGCAUGGGCUCUCUGUCAAGGGUGAACCCCUACAGGCACUUCAAUGAUCCAUCCUCCCCCUGCUUCAACAGGUUGUUUCAAGCCAUGCAUCCUGACGAGGAGUACUGGGAAGAGGAAGAUGAAGAUCAGUAG